AUGUCAAACUUUGUUCAGGAAUUUGAGGAAGAUGAACAGCUUCAAAGCACUAUUAUAUCUCAGUCUUCUAAUGGAAGCCCUUCUCAUGUUGAAAAUUGCGGUGCUGGUGGUGGCUCCAUGCCUUCCACCACCUCUUCAAAAAAGAAAAGAAAUCUCCCAGGAAAUCCAGACCCAGAUGCAGAAGUUGUGGCAUUAUCUCCAAGGACGCUGAUGGCAACCAAUAGGUACAUGUGUGAAGUGUGCCAUAAAGGAUUUCAGAGAGAUCAAAACCUUCAGCUUCACAGGAGAGGCCAUAACUUGCCCUGGAAGUUGAAGCAAAGGCCAACCACGCAGGUUAAGAAGAGGGUUUAUGUUUGCCCUGAGAUUAAUUGUGUGCAUCAUGAUCCAAGCAGGGCUCUUGGUGACUUAACAGGCAUCAAGAAGCACUUCUGCAGAAAGCAUGGAGAGAAGAAAUGGAAGUGUGAUAAGUGCUCUAAACGCUAUGCUGUUCAAUCUGACUGGAAAGCUCACACAAAAAUUUGUGGGACUAGGGAAUAUCGUUGCGAUUGUGGUACUAUUUUCUCAAGGAAGGACAGCUUUGUGACGCAUAGAGCCUUCUGCGAUGCAUUGACGGAGGAAAAUUACAAGGUGAACCACAACCUUGCAGCUGCCACCGGUGGAAUGUUACAGAACCAAGCCCAAGAACUCUUCACUUCAUCAAUGCCAAGCUCUGAUUCUGCAGCCUCAUACACGAACACCAACACAAUGAUGAACCUUUCAAUCUCUACUCAUGACAACAUGGACUCUUCACUGAGGCCAUUAUCUCUGAGCUCAGCAGCCGGAGUCAUGAUCUCAACCAAUCUCGAUCCCCUUCUUAAUCCGAGAAUUCCCAGAACGAAUAAUGUCUCUUCCAUGGUACUUGUCAACUCAGCCUUCACAUCCGCAACCGCCUUGCUGCAGAAAGCGGCAGAAAUGGGUGCUAAAAUCAGCGACAGUACCAUCGCCCCGAUUCUUCUUAAAGGCUUUUCAGGCUAUUCUACCAGCAACAUGACCUCUUCAGGAUCAAUUCAGGAGGGUUCAAUGUUGUCAGGAAGCUGCAGCAACAUGGCGACAGCUACAAGUAAUUUAUACGUGGAGUCUGGAGAUCCAAGACAAGGUUAUAACAUUUCUCAGGCCGCGUUGUUCGAGCCUCAUCCUCAGAUUAUGCAAUCGGAAAAUGGAAAUUUGGAAGAAGAAAUGUACAUGGGAGGAAAUGAGAAAAUGACACUCGAUUUCUUGGGAGUGGAGCCUGGAGGGUAUUCUGGUAUUGGGAAGAAAAGGAGCAAUGAUGGAAACCUAAUUGAGUUUGGCGGGUAUCAAAUUGGGCAGCAUCAGCAAAGCCUGCAAAAUUUGCAGUCAAAUUGGUAG